UCAUUCCAGUGAAUUGUCAAAUGAGUGACUGCGUUAUUGUGUCUGUGUGUCGUUCACUGUUUGGAGACAGUCACUUUAAAUCAGAAUCAAAUAAAUGAAAAUAAUAAACUUUUCCAAAAAUCCACAUUCAAUUCAAUUUAAAUAAAAUCUUUUGAUUCAAACUGAGUUUCGUAUCGGAACAAAAAAUAUUGCGAUAAAUCUAUCGGCAAAAGUGUCAACUGUCAACUGAUUGUUUACACGUCACAUUAAUUUUCGUGUCUUUUAUUUCGGAACCGAUUUUUCAAACACAAACAAUGAGCGCUUUAUUCAACUUUCAAAGUUUGUUGUCGGUGAUUUUGUUGAUGAUUUGCACAUGCACCUACUUGCGAUCAUUCUUUCCAUCCUUAUUGGACCGUAACAAAACUGGAGCGCUUGGGACAUUCUGGAAAUUGGCUCGAAUCGGUGAACGAAAAUCGCCGUACGUUGCAGUUUGUUGCGUUCUAAUGGCUUUAUCGAUACUCUUCUGGUCUUGAGGAUAGUACCAAACCAACCAAAUUCUAUUUUCAGCCAACAGAGAAUAGAAUACUCUUUAAAUUUAAGAAGAAAAAUAAACAGAAAAAAACCCAUUGUUAUAUUCCGAUCAAUUUUCAUUUUUUUUUUUCAUUUAUUGACUUUUUUUUGGUAGAAUGCAUACAAAAUGUGUUCUAAAUAUGAAGAGUUAAAUAAACGUUUAUAAUUUAAAUGCGUAUAAAUUUGUUGUGUGUUUUUCUUCAUUUUCCAUUAAUACGACAAAAUGAAUAAUAUUUGUUUUUUGUUAUAAUUUAGAGAAAUAAAAUCAAAAUAAUGAUUUCUGUU